AAUUUCUCGACCUUUGCCUCUUACUUUAUAUGCGUAAAUAAAAUAAUUUAGUAAUUAUGACUCGAAACUUCCGUGAUUUUGAUAAAAAUUCUUCAGAUGAGAGUAACAUUGAGAUAAGUAGUGAAGGAGAAGACUCGUCGUCUACGCUUCAUGAUAAUGAAGAUGACAGUAUGGGUCAGGAUUCUGAUGAUUUAACAGAAGAAUGUCAACAAAAUACAGAUAUUGCUGGUAAUGAAGAAGAUGACGACGAUGAAGUUGUAAAAGCGAUUAAAGCCGAAAAGACCAAACUUCGAGACCAUCCUCCUUCAAUUAGUUGUGAUGACUUUAUUGUUGAUAUUUCCUUUAGUCCUGUAAAAAACCUAAUAGCACUGGCUAAUAUUGUUGGAGACGUUUUAUUGUAUGAAUAUAAUAAUGAAGAAACUAAGUUAAUCGAGACUCACGAAUUGCACUUAAAAGCUUGCAGAGCUGUUGAGUUUAAUGAAGAUGGCUGUACUAUGUACACAACAUCAAAAGAUAGAACUAUCAUGGUAACUGAUGUGGAAACUGGAAAAUUGAAGAAAUGUUACGACAAUGCACACCAAGAACCAGUGUAUUCUCUCCUAAGUUUAGAUAAUGACAAAAUUGUAACAGGUGAUGACGGCGGUACCGUAAAAUUAUGGGACAUGAGAAAACCUGAUCCCAUUUUUAGUAUAAAAGUAGGUGAAGAAUAUGUAUCUGAUAUGGUGACAAAUGAAGCACAAAAGUAUUUGGUCUGUUCUGGGGGCGAUGGCGUACUGACUACAGUUGAUUUAAAAGCCAGUAAAAUCUACAUCACGUCGGAGGAUUAUGACUCCGAACUAACAUGUAUGGGCUUAUUUCGAUCAGAAUCAAAGUUACUCGUUGGAUCGUCUGCAGGAAAGUUGUAUUUAUUUAAUUGGAAAGAGUUUGGAUUCCACAGUGAUGAAUUUAUUGGUCAAAAACAUGCCAUACAAUGCAUGUUGCCUAUUACUCAGAAUAUCGUUAUAACUUCUGGAGAAGAUGGAAUUCUCAGAGCUGCUCAUAUGUUUCCACAACGCCAGCUCGGUAUCGUUGGUCAACAUCGAAUGCCCGUUGAAGUUCUUGAUAUAAGUUAUGAUGGACAGUAUAUUGCUUCUUGCUCACAUGAUAAUGAUGUAAAGUUUUGGAAUAUAUCUUAUUUCGAAUCGAUUGAAAACAUCAUAGACGUUAAUCAAAAACAAAAUAAGAAAAAAGACUUGAUUAAUAAUUUACCGUCAAGUACAGUCAAAAAUGCUUCUGACUUUUUUUCUGGUUUAGUGUAAAUCUCUUUUUCAGGAUUGAUUAAAAUUAUUAUAAAAACAGCCUGGAGUCACGCACAUUUAAACACUUUUAAGGUGUUAAUAUACUGGCAUAUUAUGCAAGAGCGG